CAUCUGUGUAGUUCGAAUGAUGCUCAUGCUAUGCCUCAGAUAAACUAAUACAGCAGAAAGCUCUUUCUUUUCAGUCAGCCGGAGGUUAUGCAUAGCCAACACUGAUCUCUACGCCAUGGUCGUGUCCACGUCUGAAACAGCUUAUGUCGUGAUUACUGCUGUGCUGUUAACACUCGUCGCUGUGGACAUCACAGGAAAUACACUGGUUUUUUUGAUUGUAAAAAAAUAUCGCCAGAUGAGGAUUCCGAUAAAUUAUUUACUGGUCAACCUGGCUAUUUCCGAUAUCCUGUUUGCAAUACUCAUCACACCAAAGAUUGUCCUUAGCUUCAAUAUAACUCACCCGGUUGGAAAUACAGGUUCGGUUCUUUGCAAGCUGGUGACAGGUGGGAAUCUGGCUUGGCUUCCUGGAAUUACCUCAGUUGUUACUUUAGUAGCGAUUGCUGUCGAACGAUAUUAUACUGUGCUUUAUCCAAUGGAUCCAAAUAAAAAACUGACCCUCGGUAAGCUUAAGGUGAUCAUCCUUAGUUCCUGGGUGUUUUCAAUAAUUUUCAACCUACCAAAAUUUUUUGUCCGUACCUUUGAUGACGAGAAAAAACACUGUGUGCAAAGCUGGGCUAAACAGUGGAUGAUCACAGCCUAUUCCUUAGCCUGGCUGGCCCUGGUCUUGGUUGCUGUUGGCAUAAUGAUUGUGUUAUACUCUAAAGUAGUGUACACACUAUGGUGCAAAGCUGAUGAUGGCAACCAUCUAAACUAUCAACAAAGAAGUGUGUUGAAGGUGAGGAAACGCUGCACGUUGAUGGUCAUAACAGUCAGUGUCAUAUUUGCAGUUUGUUGGGGAGCAGAGUCAGUUGAAUACGUCUUACGAUUUCUCACGAAUCUGAAAAUCAGCUUCGUCUACAUAACCACCGUUGACAUGAUGGUGUUGUUUAAUUCAGCUGUGAACCCCUUUGUUUAUUCCCUCCUAAACCAUCAGUUCAGAAAGAAGAUCAAGGGAGUGAUGCCUUGCACGAGCUCUGUGGUGGUAGUCAAGCCUCGGAGCGGGACUUGCACUGAUGAGGAAGGUUUUGCGGACGAAAAUAAAGUAUUUUAAGAAGUAAACAGAGCCUGUAGAAGGGGCUCAAAAUGGUUUUCUUUAACUAACCUAUGGGGUAACAGCUGACUCUUAGAUUGAGAGUCUAACCUUGUUUUCAUUACGUUCAUUAUAAUUACUAAAAACCUCUGAUUUAUUGAUUGAAACCAAGAUGGGUUUCAAAAGUGAUCUACUGAAAUUUACCUUGGCUUCUUUCCUCUUUUUUCAAGCCUGCUUUCUUGCCAUAUUGAUGUUUUUCUACGUCUCGCUCUCUUUCUUUAACUUCCUGAUUGUUGUACAAGAAACAUCUAUAAAAUUAAUGCGAAAGUAGAUAUUUAUUUAAUAAUUAACCAUAAUAUUAAAGUAGGAACACCUUACCUGAUAACUGAUACCUAUAUUUAUGUGCACCUUACGAAAUCAUCUCGUUUUGCAAACGGUUACAUGACACCCUUCUCUGUGAAAUUUUUACGGAUAAUAACGGGAACAUUUGCAAAUCUCGUCAGGCUUUUCUAAGAAGUCACCGUAGUCGCUUUUAGGCUUCUUAAUCUGGAUGGGCUUUGAUGGAACCUUUGUGAUGGCUUGUCUUUGUCAAAGUUCUAAGCCAACGUAUCAAGGCUUGGUUCGCUCUCACUGUUCAUCAGACACACGCUCUUUUCACUUAAACUUAAUUAAUCCUAGUUCGUUUUUUCAUCUUCAACCUGAUGUUUUAAGAGGUUUGGUAUUCUAGUAAUUUUUCGGACUGAGUUAUAUGUAAAUUGGUAUUAAGUGAUAUUGU